CGUUGGCGCGCGGCUGUGACGACACGGGUCGCGGCUAGGCGCGCGGCUGAGCUGCGCAGCCCCGGGCCCGCGGCCAUGCCCAAGCGGGGCUGUACCUUCGCGGACGCGGCCCCGCUGCAGCUGAAGGUCCGCGUUGGCCAGAGGGAGCUGAGCCGCGGCGUAUGCGCCGAGCGGUAUUCGCGGGAGAUCUUCGAGAAAACCAAGCAGCUCCUUUUUCGAGGGGCCCAGGCCUAUAUGGACCACUUGUGGGAGGAAGGCUGUGCCAUCGUUGACCUGCCAGAGUCCCCGAAGCCUGGCCCUACAGAGGCCCUUGGGACCCCCCGUGGGCAGAUGCUGAUCGGACCGGAUGGCCGACUGACCAGGAGCCGAGCCCAGGCCUCCGAAGCUGACCCAUCCGGGGCAGCGACCAGGGCCUGCUCCUCGUGCGUGCGAGCCGUGGACGGGAAGGCGGCGUGUGGCCAGUGUGAGCGCGCCCUGUGUGGGCGGUGCGUGCGAAUCUGCUGCAGCUGCGGGGCCGUGGCCUGCGCGCUGUGCGCCCUUGUGGAGAAAUCCAGGUCACGUCGGCCGCCAGUCCCGCCCUCUGCUCUGGGUCUGCUGUCUCAGUCACUUCGUGAUUUGAUCUUUCGAGGUCUGGUGUCGGGACUGUCGACGUGGUUUUUCCCGGCAGGGUGCUCGCCGUUGGUGGAGGCAGCUGUGGCGACGUUCAGGAGACGGUGCUCUGUGCCAGCUGCGCCACGUUCGAGGCCUGAGGGCCGGGAGCGGACGACAGCCUUCCUGGACGGCCGCGCCAGUGGCGACGCCGAGGGACCCUGGGGGGCGGGGGUGUCUGUUUUAUAUUUUGUAUUGAGGACAGAAGCGAAUAAACCCCUUUAUAUUUGGACCAGAGGACUCGCUGAACAGUUCUGGGGUGCGGCCUUCUGGAGACCUCUGCGCCUGCUCCCCCAUCUUGUACGUGGGAAACGGGCGUCCAGAGUCUGCUAUUUCCAGCCCUUCCAGCCAGCAGUGGUGAGAGAGGACGGACUCUACAGUUCGUGGCCACGGUGCCAGAGUGGCUCAGGGUUGGUGUCCCAGACUGUCCCUCACGUGCCCCCAUCUGGGUGCCCGUGUGGUCGGGGCUCCCGGUGACCUGACAGUCCCUGCUCUCUGGGAGUGACGGCCGGGCAGUCCUCACGUCGGGGGCAGCCGAUAGGAGCAGCGGGGCGGCUGGACCAGCAGGCCAUGGGUCUCCGUCACCUGGAGCCUCCACCCUGGUCCCCACGCACGAGGCCCCCCUGCCAUCAGACUCCGCAUCCUAGACGGAGUCUAGGGGGUGGACGGGGGUGGGGGGGGUGGGCAGGGGACGGCGGGGUGGCGGGCUGGAGCCGGGCCCAGGGUGUGGUUCGCUAUGUCGGGGCAUCAUAGAAGCCACUGAAGCGGAGACAGGGAGGCCGCCUGGAGGGGGUGGCGGGCGCCCGGGGCCUUCCUGAACCCAUACUGUUCCAAGGCCUUCCGGCUCAGGGGCCUGGGGCUCUGGCUAACCGGCAGGCUGCGCCCUGAGCAGCAGACACGGCCAUCCUCGACCUGGGACUUCCUCGCGUCCAGCUUCCUGCUGGGGCUGCAGGCUGUGACCCCAGUAAGCAGGACAUCGCGCUGGUCAUUUGGGGAAUGCAGAUCAAAACCACCUCACACCUGUCGGAUGGCCGUUAUCAAGACAAAAGCAAGUGUUGGCGAGGACGUGGAGACAACGGGUCCCCGUGCACCGUAUGGGAGCGUAAGGUGGCGUGGCCGUUGCAGAAACAGCCCGCGGUUCCUCGGAAAGUCAGAGUCAACUGCCGUGUGGUGAGCAGCCCCACUACUGGGUGACAGUGAAAGAAGGAACCUGAAGGCGCCGGCACGUCCCCCUGCUCCCCACAGCACAGCUCACGGGAUCCAGAGGGAGGCCACCCGCGUGCUCCCCGACCGUUGGGCGGAUGGACACUGCAGCCCAUCCGUGUGACAGGGUCCUUGGAAAGGGUGGGGGGGAGUGUCCUGCCCCUGCUGCAGCGUGGAUGGACCGUGAGGACACGGUGCUCAGUGACGUCAGCCGGCCCUGAGAGGGCAGAUCGCUUAUGACCCCUCUCGUGCCGUCCGUACACACAGUGGGAUGGGGGCGCCAGGGGCCGUCGGGAGGAAGGGGUGUCCGUGUUUCAUGGGGACGGAGUUUCAGUUGUGAAGAUGGGUGGGGGGUGGUGAGGGGUGCACGACACCGUGGGCCCACGUGGUGGUGCCAUUGACGGCGCUUCAGAGUGUGACAAGUGUGUGUGCUACCAGUAGAAAGACCAUAAAGCCUUGGUUGGCGAGCAUAAUUCGUUCCGGAAACAUGCUUGUUAUCCAAAGCACCUGCAUCGCAAAGCGAAUUUCCCUGUAAGAAAUACCGGAAACUCAGAUGACUCGUUGUACAACCCAAAUAUAUUCAUAUAAAAAUGGUUACGGUGCUGUAAUACAACAUAAUAAAAUGCAGCUUACAAAGCUAAAUUAACCUGCCCUUUGAAAACCCUCCUGGCUGGUGUGAGGGGCACAAGAGAGGAGGGUUGCUGUGUAGGGUGACUUUUAUCACUGACGGAAUCACUGCUCUCUGUUGGCUCCAUGGAAUCUUAACUUUCGUGCAACUUCAACAAGGAACCUGUCCGAUGACCUAGAAUGAAGCAAAGCAUUCCUGAGCUCCCUCUUGGAUGGAAAAGCAAAGGACGGCCCAGAGGUGCUUUGAAGUGACAAAAAUACACAAGUGCCAGUUGUGGGCACCUUCCAACGUCCUGAAAAAUCACUGAUUUCUUCCAAACACCGUGGCCUGAGACCGAGCGUCUGAGCAUAGGAGAUGAUCACCCACAAUCCCACAGCGAGUGAGCAAGAGAGAGAGAGAACUAUUGGCUAGUUGUGAUCAUGUGACAUCUGGCAGCACGUACUGCUCAUAUUUCAGGACGCCACUCGUGUGUCAAGUUAAAAUUUAUCAGAGGGACGCCUGGGUGGCUCAGGUGGUUGAGUGUCUGAUUUCGGCUCAGGUCAUGAACUCACGGCUCGCGAGUUCGAGCCCCGCGUCGGGCUCUGUGCUGACGGCUCGGAGCCUGGAGCCUGCUUCGGAUUCAGUGUCUCCCUCUCUCUCUGCCCCUCCCCUGCUUGUGCUCUCUGUCUCAAAAGUAAAUAAACGUUAAAUUUUUUUUUUAAUU